AUGAGCUUUGGGUUAGAGCCGCCCGGCCAGGCCCGGGAGCGGCUGGACAUGGCCACGUACUGCGACGGCUUGGGGGUCUGCCCGGCCCCGCACAGCCAGGCCCGGGCAGCCUCGCACCCGACGGGCUACGGGCGCAGGGACCCGGGCGCAGCGGGCGCUGGCCCGCGCCUGUGGCUGAACGCGCCGGCUCUCGGCCCCGCGCCCUGUGCGCCGGCGGGGCCCUCACCGCCCUGCGCGCCCCCCAGCUACGCCGCCCCGGGCCCGCUCCUGGGCGCCCCCGGCGGCCUGGCGGGCGCAGACCUGGCCUGGCUGGGCCUCCCCGGGCAGCAGGAGCUGCUGAGGCUGGUGCGGCCGCCCUACUCCUACUCGGCGCUCAUCGCCAUGGCCAUCCAGAGCGCGCCGCUGCGCAGGCUGACGCUCAGCCAGAUCUACCAGUUCGUGGCCGGCAACUUCCCCUUCUACCGGCGCAGCCAGGCGGGCUGGCAGAACUCCAUCCGCCACAACCUCUCGCUCAACGACUGCUUCAGGAAGGUGCCCCGCGACGAGGGCGACCCAGGCAAAGGCAACUACUGGACCCUGGACCCCAACUGCGAGAAGAUGUUCGACAACGGGAACUUCCGACGGAAGCGGAGGAGGCGCGGGGAGGCGGGCGCGGCGCUCCCGGGAGCCCGGGGUCCGCGAGUUGCGGGGGCGCCGGUGCUGGACGCCCUGGGCGCGGGGUCCCCGGACCCGCAGGCCCCCGCGUCCCCAUCGGCUUCCGAGGCGGCCGCCUGCUUCUCCAGCUUCGCCUCGGCCAUGGGCGCCCUGGCUGGCGGCCUGGGCGCCUUCCCCGGGGGCUUGGCGGGCGACCUUUCUUUCCGGAGACCCACGGCGGCGGCGGCGGCUGACGGCCCCCAGCCCCCGGGCCCCUCGCCAGGCUCGGCCGCCCGCUUCAGGGCCAGUCACUUGGUCUACAGCCGGGAAGGGACGGAAGUCUGA